CGUGUAGGCUAUUUUGAUCAUUCAUCAACUGUAGCCAGUGGCUUAUUUAUUUUUCACAAUGGUUGAAUACAACGGUACUAAAAAAAAUGUACAUAAAAUAUAUUGCAUAUAUUGCAUCUGAGACGUUUGUAUAAAAUGUAGGCUAGGAUGUUGAAGCUGGAUUUCCGGUUACAAUUAAAGUUGGUAAAUCCUGAACAAAUUUGGAACAUAGUGCAGUACAUUUGAACAUGUUAAGAAUUUUAAAGAGGAAAUGACAUUUUUCCAGCUGGAGAAAGUUUCUAUUGUGAAGUGACAAGAUGCACAUCUCGCGAUAUAUUGGCCUAGAUUAGGCUACAGAAUUAGAACAUGUCAGUUUCUCUGAAUGUCAGGCAGUAGGCUCCAAAAAGUCUGUCAACGUGCUCUGUUCAUAACCCCCAGACACCUGGGCAGCUGUGGGGUCCUGUCAGCACGGCGUGCCACCCUGCCCCUGUCCUCCCCCCUCCUCCGGACCACACCCUCACGCAGCUUUAUUAACCUGGCUGCCUCCAUCACUGCCCGCAGGAUGGAGUACUCUGAGAGCCGCACACUAGGGUACACUCCAGAGCAGAUGUACAGUGUGGUGGCCAGUGUGGACCAGUACCAGCACUUUGUCCCUUGGUGUAAGAAGUCCCGGGUCGUGAAGGGAAGGAACGGGGAUGUUCGGGCCCAGCUGGAGAUUGGGUUCCCUCCCAUCGUGGAGCGUUACACCUCGGAGGUCACGGUUGUCCCAAACCACCAAGUCAGGGCCGUGUGUACAGACGGAUCCCUCUUCAGCCACCUGGAGACUAUAUGGAGGAUUGCCCCUGCAGCCGAGGACCAACCAGACUCCUGCAACAUCGACUUCCACGUAUCCUUCGAGUUCAGGUCUUUGCUGCACUCCCAGCUGGCCUCCCUGUUCUUUGACGAGGUGGUGAAGCAGAUGGUGAGCGCCUUUGAGUCGCGGGCAGCCAAACUAUACAGGGGCCACCACGCCCCCUUCCCAGGAGGCGCCAGCGAGGAGGCGAGCCGCACGAGAAGACUCACUCACCCCACUCACUGACACGGACUGAAAUAAGACCCACUCCCGACCACCAUCCCCAUCUGAAACCCCUCACCACUUCCAUUUCAUGUCUUAUGCAGGAGACUGGGUCUUCUAUUUUAGAUUUUGUUCUUAUGUACACAAAAGCACCUAUUUAUUUGUAUUACA